AUAGCGCAUGGCUAGAAUGUGAUCCCUUCUGUCGAAAUAGCAGUACCUACGUGCAUACUGGCCUGAGGCGUUCAUCUUUGUCAACAACAGGACCACAGCAUGGCUUCCUCGAAUAUGUCACUCGUGUUGUUCGCAGCUUUAACGCUGACUUUAAUAUCCACAGUACAGGCUGGCUAUCGAAGGUGUGGGAUAUGGGAUUGUUACGGUGCCGGCGUAUAUUGCUGUGGCAGUAACUGCUGUUACUACGUCUACUCAUACUGGUGGUUUUGGUCUAUCUGGGCUUUGGGUAUAGCCAUCAUCAUAACGAUUGUGUUUGCCUGCUGCCGGGCACGCCGACGAAGGCUGGCUUCCGGUGUUGUUGUUCGUACGGCGCAGCCAGUGUACGGGGCCGCCACAUCCUACACGUAUACUGGCCCAGCCUACCCUGGAGCUUCAGGAACAGGCUACAACCAGCCGUACACAAUUCCCCCGACAACAUCGCCCCCUACUGCUCCUGCUUAUCAAGAGAAACCGCCGGCCUAUAACCCUUAAACAGAUCAUCUGCCAGCUGGGGUUUUUUUAGGGAAAAGAAUCUAAUCGCGAAUCACGUAACUUGAAAGAACAUACUUCAAGUUUCCUGUGUACAAGAUCGAACAUAUUUCACUGUGAUACACCAAUUUUUAAAAUAGGUUUUGGGUUGUGCAAGUAAUGUUUUAAAGGUCAUUUACAACAAAAGUAUCGCGUACACCUGUAAAUAUUAUAGGAGAACUGGAUGAAUUCAAAAUGCCUCUACCAUCAGGUGGUAUUGAUGUAUUGUCUACGUAGAUUGUUUCAAGUAGUAUUCCAGAUACAAAACUAAAUAACAUAUAUGAAAAUAUUACUGGUAUAUUUUUGUAUUCACUUUGUCUUGAGGAACCGGUACAUUAUGGGUGAAUUAUUCGCACGAUCAACAAACUUUUGUGAACAUGCUGGAAUGUUGAUCGGUUAACGAAUGAAACAUUCUAUUUUUUUGCAUCUGUGUGCCACCUGGUUUGAUUGUGGACAACCGUUAAAUUUUCAAGCCAUAUAGGCUUAUAUUUUUAACAAAAUACAGUUGUGAUCCACCCCCCCCCC